AUGAUAUUUAUUAUUAAUAAUAUUGAGUUCAGCCAUGAGGUUUCGGACAAGGAAAAAUUACUUAAUGAAGAACUACAGUUGAAAUUAAGAAGAUCGGAAUCUCGGGUGCGUCCUGCCUACUUCAGAUCAAUUUCAAUCAAUUCCUCUCAGGGUUCUGGCCAGCUGAGUAGGAAAGGGUCGAACCGAACCUUGAACUCAUUUCGUCCCGACAGCAGCCGGUUUAUCAAUAGUGAACAGAGCUUUAAAUUCAGGCGGAAACCCUGCGUUGAAAAUGAACCCGGUAGAAAAGUUGGGCCACUAAAAUCAAAGCCUUUAGAUGUAAAUAUCGCACACUCUGUACCUAAAUCUGUUCAACCCCCCACCAGAGCAAAAUCUGCGAGUACCUCUAAUCUUAAAUCUGCCAAAACAUUGGUUCGUCCGACAUCUGCUAUCACCCCCCUGAGACCUGCCAACUCAAAACUUGUUCGAGUGAAUUCCGCAAAAAUCUACCACGCUUCGACAAUGCCGCGUUCAUCGUCCAAACCUGUAAAUGUGCCAACCAAUCCUGAACUAGAAAAUGUACAGUCUCGUGUACGGUACAACAGGAAUUAUCAACCACCAAGGAGGAGAAAGCUACAGGAAAAUGAAAAGGAGAACUUUGUGACAGAAAACGACAAAGGUUAUGAGGUAGACACCUUCAGUUUACUAACCAGGGAGGCUGGAUCUUAG